UGUUGCUGUCAUCAAAUCCGUUGGGUAUUCAGGUUGCCUGUGACUCAAUCUCUAGAGUUAGUACACUGGUUGAUUGAUCAAUCUUCCAAUUUCGCGUUUAAACACGUCCUAGGAUCGCGCGAUUUGGCGGAGAAAAUGAGCUUGUCAGUCCCUCAGGCCCAAGAUCAACUGAUUGGCGCACCACAUUCUAUUAAAGUAGGCGCUUCGACUGAAUCUAAGACCCUUACUCUUCUGGUCGUUGCGACUGUACCUUUUAUACUAGCCACCUCAAUUGCAGAGGCUGCUUCAUUAAGCUUUGCCCCGCUCGCCACGCUGUCUUUUCUGCCAACAUCAUUCGACGCAGACGAGCGGGAUAACUUGAAUCCGGCUCACUAUUUCUAAAAUUGACAGGUGCAGGGACUUGCAGCAGUUGCGGCACUCUUGAUUUGCGGCAUUUUUCCAGCGGCCAUAGCGGUGGGCUCUGAUGAGUUGUAUU